AUGGUCUCAGGGGCACGCUGGCUCAGCCGCUGGACCUCCUGCCAGAGGCUUCCUCCGCAGCUUGCCCGCUGGCCAGCCCAUGAUGGCCACAGGACGCUGGGGACGGACCCUGUGCAGAAAGACGAGCCCGGGAAGCCCAGCGUGGAAGCCCCGGACGCCCUGCCGCCGGACCUGCAGCCCCCCGUGAACUGCUGCAUGAGCGGCUGCCCGACCUGCGUGUGGGUGGACUACGCCCAGCGGCUCCUGCAGCACUACGAGGACGGAGGCGCGCGGGCCCUGGCCACCCUGGAGCAACACGUGGCCGACCAGAACCUCAAGGCCUUCCUCAGGCUGGAGAUUCAGCUCCGCAUGUCCGCGGCUCCCUGCCCCCCAAAAACCUAGGCUUCUGUGGGGAUAAUGUGCUGCUCUGCCAUGCCGCGAGUGCAUCGUCUGUGCCACACGGGACCGAGCUGACACUGUCCACACCCGGGGCUCUCAGACUGUGGGGUGACGGGGGGGGGGGGGGGGGGGGGGGGGCUGGUGCCCUGGGAGACCUGCCAGCCGGGACUGGCAUUGCUGCACUGCCAUCCCACAUCAGAGCACCAGCUCUAGUGCCAGCUGCUCCAUUAGAUGCCUGGAAACGCAGGGAAGGGUGGCUCAGGGGCUCGGGCCCCUGCACCCAUGUGGGAAACCCGCUCCUGAUUUCAGCCUGGCCCAGCCCUGGCCGUUGUAGCCACUGGGGGAGGGAAGCAGCGUGGAAGAGCUCUCCUCCCGUUCUGU